UCGACACGUGUUGUUGCAAGAUACGCUCUUUUUGAACGUGAUGAUUUGCUUUCUCCCUCCGCAUUAAUUGCGAUGGGUAUAUAAGGGGAUAACCGUUUGUGGUUUCCUCUCACUUUGUCGAAAAUUCAAAAAAUUUGCCGUUUGAGAGAAAGUUGUCAUCUGUCUUCUCCGACGAUUUUUUCUGAAUUUCUGGUGAGGUGUCUAGUGUUUCUGUUCAUCAUCUUCCGUUUCUUUGACAUUUUUGAUGGCUGAACCAUCGAAUCCACACAAUGUGGAGGGUGAAAACCCUGAACAGCCGAUAGUGGCUGAGGAAGAAGACGAGGAUGAUGAUGUUAAUGUUCCCGGUGGUGGGUUACCGGUGUUAAAGUGGACAAAAGGUAGUUUUAAAACCCUGAUGGCCACUGUUCAGAUGGCCAAAGACUGGAAUGCUACCUACCCACAAGUGGGGGACACCGGUGCCGAUGCUCCGGCUGGUUAUAUAACCUUGUGGGCGGAUUUUUUCACCCACGGUAACCUUAGGUUGCCGGUGACGGUGUUUGUGGCGGAGGUAUUGGAGUAUUAUCACCUCCAUAUCUCCCAGCUUAGUCCUUUCGGAAUGUUCCGAAUUCGGAAUUUUGAGUACACAUUCCGUGCCUAUGGCCUGCCCAUUUCAGUGGAGAACUUCCGGCGUUUCUACCAGUUGACGGUGAACACCGGUUUUUUCUCGUUCACUCAAAGGCAUGGGAGUCUGAAGUUGAUGACACCCCCUAAGGGUGUGACAGGCUGGAAGAAGAGGUUCUUCUACGUGAAAGCCUGUGCGGUCUAUGCUAACAUGUCUUUCAGGAACGUCGAUGUUGGAGUUUCCGAUGAAGAUAUUCCUGUUGCUUCCGCAGAGACCGCGGACUGGUUCUCUAGGCUGCGGCCUAUUGAACUCAAGAAGUUGGAUAAUGACCAACUAUGGAUAUUGCGGAUGAUGCUCUCUAGACCGGAUAGGAAGGAAAGACCCGUGUUGCGGGAACAGGGUGGUGCGGAUGCGGUUGGCUUGUGGAGGAUGUUUGAGCCUGAUUUCAAGGGCCAGGUUGAACUGAUCGCGGUUGAGUUGAAGAAAGGUUUCAACCUUGAAAUUCUGAAGAACUUCCGCGUACCAUCAAAAGCGGUGCUGGAAGCCCCGGUUCCGGGAGACGCAAGAGGUGUCCUUGCGGAUUUGGGGAAGUUUGAGAAACGCGUCCCCAAAAAGACUGUGGAGAAGAAAACGGUAAAAAAGACCGUGCGGGGUCGUGGUAAGGGGAGUGUUGAAGGCUCAGCUGCCCCUUCUUCCGUUUUCGAAGCCGCAGGUACCUAUCAAUCUUGUUCUCGGGGAUAUACCGAUUACGUCGUAGUAUCUGACACCCUUGAGGGUUUGGGUGUUAUAGGUAGUGGUGCGGCCGCGGGUGGAACUGGUGUGGUUCCCCCCGUUGUUGGAGAGAAAAGAGGGCCAGAGCAGAAAGCUGCUGGUGGUGGUGAACCGAAGAGGCGGAGACUGCUGACCAGGAGAGUUGCUCCGGUGCAGAAGAAACCUGCAGUUGCUGCUGGUAAGUAUAUCCCUUUUCUUUGUUUUGUAUGUACCAUGGGUGGUAAUAUUCAUUGAAUACUCUUUGGAUUGCAGAAUCCCGAGAUGCGGGGUAUUCUUUUGGUGAAAUUCCUGCGUCUCCUCCGCACACCGCUGCCGCGGGUGCGGGUGUUUUGAAGGAGAAGGUCGCGCCUAAGGAGCCUGCGGCCCCUUUUGCUGGGCCAGUUCGUGAUCCCCCUUUGGAGAAGACGGUGGAGGCGACUGCUGACCGGAUUUUUGACACUGUGGACUCCUCGGACAAUCUGAUCUCUCCUGAUGAGGGUGACGGAUUGAACUUGAGGUUUUCAGAUGCCGGUAAGCAGAAGUCUGAUGCUGAGGUGCGGCAGCAGGAUGCUGAGCCGCAGAAGUCUCCUGCUGGGGAGAAAGGUAGCGGCUCGUCUGCCGGUGGUGCGGGUUAUGACGGGCCUCCAAUUCAGCCUGGAGAGUCUGAAUUGGAGUAUUAUUACCGCACCUACUCCCCGGGUCGCAGUAUGGUGUACCACCGACCCCCUGGACUGUUAUGCAGGGGGAUGAUAUUUCUAACGACCCUGCGGCAUGUAGGGAGAUUUUGGGUGGUCUGGGGACCCCGUUUGAAGUCGAGCGUGCCCGUGCCGCGCCGCGGGAGCUGCGUGUAAACCAGCUCUCGACCAUGUUGGUAGGGACUUCCAUUGUGGCUAAUGCCAUUUUGGAAGAUUAUAAGGUGUUGGGCCGCCGCGAGGAGGAGGCUGCUCGUAUGCGGGCGGAAGCCGAGAAGCUGAUCGAGGCUGCUCGUGCGGGUGUGGAGCAGCUCGAGAAGGAUAAAGCUGCUUUUGAGAAGCAGAAGCAGACUUCGGAAUGGGCUGCCGCUGCCCAGCUAAAACAGGUGCGUUCCCUUGCUAAACUCCUUGCUGAUGAGCGCAAGAG